AUGGCUGCCUCAUCAAAAGAGAAAACGGCGUUCUUCGUACCAGAUGGCAAGAAGCACUUCCUAGUGAUGCCAAUGGGGAUACUAAGCGCCCACGCAUUCUUUGUCUGUGUAACCAUUCAAUUCAAGAAAGAAUGGCACGAGUUGUACAAACGAGACCCAAAAGCAGCACUACAAAAACUACUGGACAUCAUCAACAAGCACAGAGCGGCCAUCACGCUGAUCCUGGGCGAAAGCACCGUCAAGGACAUUGAAGCAAAAGUGGCGAUCGCUCUAUUAAAAACAGACCCAAAUGCAUCAGUAAUCGUCGACAACAUCAUGCUCUUUGACACCAACAUCUUAUCACUGAUCACAUACUUUCGAUACCGAGUGACCGUCAACCUAAGAAAAACGAGGUUCCUACCAGCACGGGCAGAAUUUGUGGGACGUGGCCUACUGCCCAACGGAAACACCCCGGCACAAUCCAAGUACUCAACGAUCGAAAAGCUAUGCCCACCAGCAUCAUACUCGGACAUCCAGAUGAUCAACGGACUAUUUGGAUGGUAUUCCCAAUGGAUACCACAUCUAGAGGAAAAGAUCCAACGAUGGAGGACCAUGGUGAUGGACAAACCAAAGCCCGGAGAAUGCACAAAAGAAGAGGAAGCAGAACAAGUGAAAGCACAAUGGGAGUCACAGGACGACGAAAGGCUGGACAAACUCAAGCAAGCUAUUGUCACAGGACCAAUAUUGAAGAGACCCAAUCCAAAGAGACGAUUCUUCUUGAAAACGGACUGGCCAAGCAACGCCAUGGGAGCGGUCCUCCUACAAGCGGGCACGACAGAAGAAGCAGAAGAGUCAAUGAGAAAAGAGAUCGAAGGAGGAAAAUGCAAGUUUGACAAAUCAAUGUCAAAACUCAGACUCAGACCCAUAGCAUUCAUAUCAAGAAUAUGCAAGGGCAAAGAGCGCGACUACCAUUCCUUUGUGGGAGAAGCAGCAACAGGUCGAUGGGCGAUGAAGAAGUUCCGACAAUGGCUCAUCGGAAAAGAAUUUACGUGGAUCACGGACUGCAGCGGACUAACCAAGUUCUUUGAAGGCGAAUACGACAUCACACACACACUGCAACUAUGGAAACUAGAGCUAUUGGCAUUCAUCUUCACUAUAGUUCACCGACCAGCAAAGAUGCUCACAGAAUGCGACCUCUUGUCAAGAUACGAGGGCAUACUAAGCACGUGGAGGAAUACGGAAGAAGCCCACACAGACAACCCGAUCAUUGCGGCGGCAUGGAAACUCAGAGAAGACGAAGCACCGCCCUGGCCCAGACAGCACCUACUACCCACUGUGAAAGGCGACCGGAUUACAACACGAACAGAACUAGCGCAAAUAUGCGACACAGCAAGAGCAACAUGGAUCAUUGGAAGAUCCCUAGACACCAUUGCGGACAGCUUCGAACAACUUGGAGGAACCAUCAUGCUAACAGCUAGCACCAGCGAGGAGGAAUAUUGGCAGCUACAACACGACAUACCAAACAUUGAAACAUUUGCCAAAAGGCUGGUCAACAACACAGCACAACCGCCAGUAGAAUGGUUGAUUGUAACCAACAUGGAAAAAUACAACUCAACAACCUCGGAGGCCCUUCGCACCAUCAUCAGAAAAGCAACAACACAGGGAGCAACACAAUGCAUACUCAUGUGGACAGGAAAGCCACCCGGCAAGAUCAUCGACAAAUGGGAACAAUACAUCAAAAGAGAAACCAGAGACAGAACCGACCUACAAACCGCGACACGCACAGCCAGAGGCAGCACAGCACAAGCAGACAUAGACACCGAACACACCAUCAUACUCACAGCCGGGAGAAGAGUGACGGAGGCAUGGAGCAGAAGUUUAGUCGAUGAAGAUCCAUACGCACAGCCAGGAACAAUCGAAAACGCUAUGGACGCACCAAACGAAAGCUACACGGGAUAUUUCGUGGCAAGGCUAGGACAAAACAGAGUCCACAUGGUCAACUCACAAGGACACACACAAAGAACAUGA